GCUCGAUGAACUUUUAAUUUGCUCCAUAAUGCAUCACGAGACGCGCGCUUACGGCUUGGUUAAGUUCAGUCCUUGAAGUUGAACCACGCUCCCAAUAUGUCCAAUUUCUGGCUCCUCAAAGCUGAACCAGACUCACGAAUCGUCAAAGGAAAAGACGUCAAGUUCAGCGUAGAUGAAUUCGAAUCCGUCAAAACAUCUGCUUGGGAAGGCGUCAGAAACUACGAGGCACGGAAUCUAAUGAAAGAAAUGAAAGUCGGUGAAAAGGCCUUGUUCUAUCACUCGAAUUGCAAGAAUCCUGGGGUAGCGGCAUUCUCUGAGGUCUCUAAAGAAGCGUAUCCGGACUAUACAGCAUGGGACGAAACCCACCCAUACUAUGACCCAAAAUCGAAUAAAGAUUCCCCAAAGUGGUUUAUGGUCGACUUGACAUUCAAAUCCCGAGCAGAUCACUUCAUUCCGCUCUCACUCUUACGAUUCAUCUCGAACUGCUCCUCAGCCAGCGAUAUUCCCGAAAAGGUUGCUUACAUUGGAGAAGAAGGCGUCAGGGCAAUCAAAUCUAUGGACCUAGUUACGCGUGGACGGCUUAGUGUACAGCGUGUAGAUGAGACGGCCUGGAACACUAUCGUUCUCAUGGCCGAAAAGGGCGGUUGGGACGCAUUAGAACUUGACAAGAAGAUGCCUUCGACUGCGGUUGCGACUCCGAAAGCGAAAUCUGGGGAACGGAGCACACCGAAAACCAGAGCGGCACCAGCUAGAACGAAAAGGGCUACUGCGAACACCAAGUCACCGAAGAAGAAGCCUGUGGAGGACGAUGAAGAGGAUGAAAGCGAUGUUUAUCAAGAGUCCGAAGAAUCCUCAGAAGACAACUACGAGGAUGACGGGUCGGACUAUGGUAAAUCCAGGUCGAAACGCCGCACGUCAUUGAGGGGAACGAAGAGAAAAGCUAGAGGAGGCGACGAUGAUGACGGCGAUUAUACCGGUAGGGCACCGAGGAGGAAGAGUGUGAGGAAAAAUUAAAGUCAAAGCAUCGUUCAACAAUCCUUUCAACAAUCCUUUCUCGUUUUUUUCCCUCGUUUUCGUUAACAGCAUUUGAGUGGUGGUAUAUGAUAUCUGUGUACUCUUAUCCUUCUCAUCUACCCGCGAACGAUAGCGACGUUGUUGUGGACUUGCCUAGGACUCAAAUGGUUGGCCUCUCACGCUUGUCUCCAUACAGUCCACCAUCGCUUGUGUUUGACAAGUGACUGGUACCUGUUGUUCACUUCCUCCCCAAAUUCGAAGCUGGUCGUGCCCUUUUUCUUGCUAAUAGAUUUCUCAGUUAGUGGUAGAAUAUCGAGCUAAGUUGACUUGACCAAUUUUCCCUGAGCCCUCUCAGCACGACGUCCUGUCGAUGGUACCAAUACCACGAUGGGUCAAUCGCGGUCAAUGAUAUUAAUGCUUCGACACCCACGUAGCUUAUCGCUUCUCUUCAAACACAUAUAUCACUUCUAGGUUCAGGUUCUUCCC